GUUGCUGACACACAGAUAGGACCCGAUACAAGACGAACUCACGGUAACAUUAAGUGAACCUCAAGUGAGCACAACCGUUCAGUUUUGACACCAGUGAUCAUUGCUUGAAGUGGUCAUCCAAUUGAGCAAGCAACGCAACCAGUUGAAACAGAUAACUAACAUUUCAAGAGAAGAGUAUAGCAGCACUGAGUUUGGGUUGGAACAGGAUUAAAGAUGACAGAAAGCAUCAUCUUAAACAGCAUCUGUCAUAUUGUAGUUUGGUGGCUAGUUAUGACUUGUGUAUCAUGCCAACUUGAUGAUGACGAUAGGUUGAACCCAAAAGCAAGUUUUAAUAGACUAAAACCCGCCAAAAAAACCGCUACAGGGCCAAAGAAUGUCUUAAUUCAAGAAUCUUACUACUUCCCAAGCCCACGGCCUGAAGAUCUGAACCCAACCUUGCUGAGAAGAUUACUCGGUAAAGAUGCGGACUCGGAGUAUGUUGCCUUGACGAGAGAGCAAAUGUUACUGCGUAAACAGAACGUCAGUCGUGAUUUCCAAGUUUAUCGCAAACUUUUGGUUCGAUCGAUGCCCAAAAACAUCAAAGGCCUUGAUUUUACGAUGCCCGGUUUAAAGAAAAACCUUGGGCCAAGAGCAAGUAGGAAACUCCAGCUUUGGCUUUGGAAAAUGUCCUCAUGUCCCGUCAUGUCUAAAUGGAAAAAUUUUGGCGUACUAUACUGGCCGCCUUGGCGUAACGUGGGACGCUGCGCAAAAAAGCCUUCCUGCUCGUUUCCUAAGGGAAUGAGAUGCAAAAAAGCCGAAACCAAAAAUAUCGCUGCACUACGAUGGGUCUGUAAGCAGAGAAGGGGAGAGGAAUCUCGUGUGUCAUGUCAGUGGAUGAAGACAUCCUUGGCUGUUAUUACUAAGUGUAAGUGUAUGUGUUCGCAAGGCAAAACUAAAGACGAAUGAUAUCAAAGACAAACACGGGGUAGCUUUUGAUUCUUAUCGCGCAGACUUCUCGUCACCAAAGAACAGGUCAAACGUGAACAGCACCCUUUAACGAGAAUAAACUUCAACUGAUUGAAAAACAAUUUGGAAAGGUCUUUAAUUGAAGGAAAAUUAUUAUAUUGUUGGAAAAUUGUUUUGUUUAAAUCCAAAAUGCCCUGUAAUUUGUAGUGCAUUUGAAAUUACUGGCGCAGCUAGAUGCCAAGAUUAGUAUCAGUUUUUCUCUCUGAAAGACCUUUCCAUUUUGUCACCUUCAUAUUUGUACAACUGUACGAUAAGUACACUUCAAGUAGUGUACAAAGUCAAAAUAACAAGUCGCUAAAUUUUAAAACGAUUUUAAUUUCAUAUCAAGACCUUUUCCCUAGGAUUACGCAGAUAUUGAGAAAACCAAUGACAUCGCUUUUUCCCUUGCCGAUGUACUUCGCGGGAACUAGUCAUAACUUUUGAAAAUUAAGAAUGAAAAAAAUAUUCGUAUAUUUUGCGCCAUUAACUAGUUUGAUAAGCAAAAGGUCUCUCUUCGUUGUGGUAGCAAUCCUUUGAAAAGAGACCAUUAAGUUACGGUAUCGUAUUAAAAAUUGCCUCUAGAAAUUUCAACGUAUAUUACUGUAAUUUAUUUUUCUAAGCACAGAAUUCAUAGUCAGAAAUCUUUAGGAUUUAGAAUUGGACCAAGCUACCCAGCUCAAGUAGCUUUUAUAUAUUAUUGUUUUAUGACCAUUGAAUCAAACAACAAAACGAUUAACAGAAAGAGAGCGAGCAAAGUAAACUUAAGCCUGGUCUUUGCCAGCGACUUUUAAGGCGCAAUUUGCAACAGCAUUGCGACACAAGUUGCUAGAGUGUUUACACUGUAAACGGAUACUUAAUCUUUGCAAAAAGUACAAACGAAUUCUAAUUUUCGCUACGACUGCUGCAACUUGUCUCGCAACAUUAUUCUUUUCAAAUUGCGGCGUAGUUUACACGCUGCAAUGUUCCAUGCAUCACUUUUCGCAAAGCAUGCGCUGCAAGACAGAUUGGGAAGAAAAUUGCUCCGUUUGCGAUCGCGCCCUUUAGAUUCCUUUUUUCAUUUGUGACUAAAACAGACGUGUUUGUGACGUCAUGUCGUGCUUCAUACUAUAGUAUACACUAUGGGGACUUUAUCGAGGCAACUUUUGUCAAAAUUGAGUGAAUGAGAAUAUAUUCUUUAUAAAAAUAGGUUCAACUUCUCAUUAAAAGGAUAAGCAAAGCGAGAAGAUCAACGUUGUAUAUCGUACUGAAA